AUGCCAUGUCAACGCGUUAAAAGAGUUUUUGCGGAUCUCAACAUAACCAAGUAUCCUGGUAUACCUACACUGGAAGCAGUGUUCCUUUUCAGCACAUUAUACCGUGCCGUCAAAUUUACUGUAUGUUGGAAGGUUACUAAUGUAACGCCAAUUCCUAAAAAGGAAGAGGCUACCAACCCCGAAAAUUAUAGACCAAUAGCAAAUUGUUCUGCACUUUCCAAAGUUAAGGAGAGAACCAUAAUCUACCAUGUUGUGAAAUAUUUACUCAACGACCGGAAUUAUGAAUUCCAUAGAGGACGCUCUAGGGAAGACUUGCUAGCCUUACUAUGGGAGAAAUGGUGUCAUUCCAUACACCGUUUCGGCGAAACUAAAGUAGUGGCUCUAGAUAUUUCUAAGGCGUUCGAUUGA